AGCCUAACCUGUUCAACCUGUCUGCACCGGGAUGACAAGAGUGGGUGGAUGAAUUCUGCAACAGUAAGGAAACGGACAAGGAGAAGAAGAAGGAGGAAGCCAUGGAGGCUGACAGCACAGAGGACAUUGAGUCUCUCAUGGAGGAUAUGGAUUACAUCCCCGGCCACUUCCACCUAGACCUCAACCUCAACUGUGACCCAGUCGGGCCUGUGAAGCUGAGACUCAGGGACACUUAUCUAAAACAGGAGAGCCUGCGAGGCGAGCUCGAGGCUGAAGCUGGAUAUCUACAGUACGCCGUCCGAAAUCUGCUGGGUCUGCUGGCUUUUCACCUCGAACAGCUGGACACAGCCGAGGAAAUAUUCAGGAGCAUUUGUAAAGAAGAUCCUGGUAACCUCAAUGCCUGGGCCAACCUGGGCUAUGUGUACGACAAGCUGGGGAGAGAGCUGGAUGCGGGGGAGUGUGUGGAGAAAGUGUCCCAAUUUAUGGGCUUAGAUGCUGGAGAGGCCUCUCAGGAAGAGAUCAGGCUCCUGGCGUCCCGUUGCCUGGCGGAGCAGGCCUAUGUGCAUCCCCAUGAUGUGGAGCUGGACAACGAGGAGGACCUGAGAGAGAGGCUGACAGCAGCUUUGAGACUUUACAACAGAGCCCUGGACUAUGGGGAUCAGCUGAUACCACUUGAGGAAAAACGAAGCUGGUAUUUUAAAAUGGCAACCAUCUAUAUAAGACUGGACGACAUAGUAAAGACCAAAGACGACUCUGAAUACUCCAGACUCUCUCACUACAAUAAGGGACUGAAGCUUCUCAAAGAAACCCUUGCAUCUGAAAAAACACGAAACAAAGCUCUUGCCUGGUGUUACGUUGGCAUCAUGUUGGAGAGGAAGGAAGAAUUCACCACUGUGCCCAUGUCUAUACACGACUGUGGCUACUCAGCCUCUGAACCUCUGUCCUGCUAUGGAACUGCUAUAAACUUGGCCAGCGAUGAUGCAUUCACCCUGAACCUUCUGGCAAAGGUUUUCUUUCUGUUGGGCAAACAUGAGAUGGCCACAGGGAUCUGCAACAUGGCCUUAAACGUGCUCCCAGACCCAGAGCUCAACUGGGAGGCCUACUGCACCCGUGCCAAGAUCAAUAUGAUGCUCUAUGUCAGGGACCUGGAAAAGGCAAAACAUGGUCUUGGAGGGAUCCCAGACCGACAGAAUCUAACUGAGGCCAGAAAAGACUUGGACAAGGUCCUGACUGUACAUCCAUGUCUGCGGAUUCAUCUAGAGAUGGCACAGGUUUUCUACUACAUGGGUGUAGAUGCACUCCAGGAGAGUCUUUUAGUGGAUGAGGGGGCAGUGAACAGUGCAUUGGUGAGCCUGUCCCAUGCCCUUCAGUAUGAGCUGGGUGACACCUUGCCGGACCUCCACAUACUCAGAGGACGCUGCCUCCUGCUGAAGGGCGAGGAGCAGAAUGCUGCAGACUGCUUCAAACAGGCUUUGGAGUUAGAGAGACCAGGGGGCACGGACACCACAGCCCUGCGCUGCCUCCUACACGUCCUACUGGCUCUGUUCAUGCAGGGUGGCCCUGACCCAAGCCUCGCCAUCACCCAGCUGGAGCUGUGGGUGCAAAAGGCUGAGGAGAAGUACCCUGGGGACAUCGUGAAGGCCGAGCUGAGGUGCCUUUACAGGAAUCACACAGCAGAGGUCACAGAGUUAUCCAGGGCUCUGAUCAGGACAGGUAGACUGGACCUAGUGAGAAGGCUACUGGAAACAGUGGUGCCUAAACAGCUGGUUAAGAAGAGACCACUGGGAAAGUCUUUCUCCUUUACAUGAUGCAAAUAUGGGACUUUAAAUGAUAUACAGGCAUGUGACAUGCAGUAAUUAAUGAAAUUCUUGACACCAUUUCACAGAUAAAAAUGAACAGCGGUGGUGCAGUGCAAUGUGAUUAAGCUGCCUUUACUCUAACUGUGUAUGUUUUAAGCCACAAUUCUUCUAUUAUUAACGUGUUUAAUACUUUAAUUGGAAGAACAACUUAAAGGUUGGAUCUACAGAGCAGCCUACAGUUACAGUGUUAGCACAGAUGGAUAUUUCUUUUAAGCUUGCUUUAUGAUGGAAUAUAUGAUAAGUAUAUAAGUUUUCAUGCCAAAUAAGAUGGUCACAACUUUUUGGAGUGUUUAAGUGGAAGAGUCAAUGGUUGAGUGUAUUGAUAAUGAUAUAGCUAUGGUCACGAGGCUCCACUGGCCCUUCGACAGUGGCCAUAUAAAUGACUGCGACUCAGAGUCAGUCUCACAGCCCAACAAACGUAUUCUUAUAUCUGCUUAGUAAUAUUUAAAUGAUGCAAGACUACCUCUCCUCAUCCCAGCAGGAUGAAAGUUUCUGUUUUGGUGCAAAAGGAUUCAAUCACAAGCAUUUAAUAACUUUAAAAUGGCUAUGAAUAAAGGUUUUUGAAUCACUCACUAUGCAAUCUAUUGUCUUGAUCUAUAAAACUGGAAUAACAGAGCACCAGGGUUGACUGAAUGGUUUGAGUCUGAACAUGCUUUGGCUUUUACAGUCACCAGAUCCCCAACACAACACCUCUGGGAGACUUUGGAGUGUGUUAGACUGAGCAAAAAUUAAUUUUUGUGUGUUAAACUGUAAAAUCCUUUCAGCUGAGUUCCAGAGACUUGCAGAAUAUGUCUUUGUUUUGGACAGCAGAGAAGAGGAAUGACGGACUUAUUGUAUUUCUUGUUCACAAAUUCCCUGGUUAAAUAAAAAAAAAAAAAAAAAAGGAAAACUAAAAAAGAUAAGGGUCAUUAUGUGAAAUAUCCUCAAUGUUUUGUGUUGUAAAAUGUGUAUUUAAUCCCUCUUAAAGCCAGUACAAUCAGCACAAUUUGGAUUUUGUCUUGCCCCUGUGAUGGUAUCAGUGUGACACUGGAUGCCAGUUUGAUUCAUAAACUAGUGCUGCUCAUUGUCGUUGUCAUUUUGGAAGAGAGAGAGCACUCAGUCUUGGUGUCAAUAAAAAGAUUCCUACAAAAACUUUCUGAAAAAAAUUGCUGAAGUGUAGGGCUCACAUAUAUAAAAAACACACAGGGAAUGUUUGUCCUCUCUGGUUUUCUGCAGGACUUCUAGGUUUGGUGCCACUGCUACCACUACACAGACCCUCCAACUCUGCUGGAUGAAACAUUAAAACGUCUACAACUGUGUGCUGGUGUAACAAAAUGUUGGAUUCCCAUGUGGUAUCUUAAGACAUAAUUAAAGUUGCCAAGAGUACGGCAUGCAUGA